AUGGAGGGAUCCUUCCCCGCCUCUUCCUUACACCCCCCCGCCGUAGCACCCGCCACCACCCGCUGUGCCCCAUGGGUUCUUCUUGACAGUAGGGCCUACUUUGCCGUCUGCAAGAACGCCACCACCGCUGAAGCCACCACCAGCACCGGUCACAUGGUCAAGGUCAGUUUCUGCCUCUCAGAUCCGCCGGCAAUCUCACACUUUUGCGUCUUUGGCCCCGAGUUGAAGCACGAAGAUUUCAUGAUGGAACCCCUGGUUCUCUUCUCGGCGAAGGACCUCGUACUCCUCCGCCUCGCCUUCACCGUCGGUCCACGAAGCACCCAUAAGGAUUCUCGUCUCGCCGAGUACUUUCUCUACAAGGCUGGUCGUGGCAAGCCGUCGCUCGAACCGAUCCCGGUUACUCCACCAGGCACCAGGAACUCGUUCCACAUCUGCGUCCUGCCGUCCGACGACGACGAUGGGGAAUUUGUCAUCGCGGAUCUCUGCAUGACAAAUCCCCGUUCGGACUACGAGCUUCAUGUCUUCUCUUCCAAGACUGGCAAGUGGACCACCAAGCAGUUGCGGUUACAGGCAUCUCCCGUAGUAAAGAAAGAAGACCUGCCUGGCCCAUCACUCGACAAGGUGAUUGCGCUUGGAGGAGGUGCUGUAGGCUGGAUCGACCUCUGGCGGGGUAUCAUCAGCUGCAACGUGUUUGACAAGAACCCCGUUCUAAGUUUCACCCCAGUGCCCAUGCUUGAAGAAAACGAGCGACAUGAAGGUAACCCACGCCUGUUCAGGGACAUCACCUGCUCCAAUGGUGUCAUCAAGUUUGUAGAGUUGGAUCUUCGUUUCAAAAAGGUUGCUGUUCACAACAUCAAGACUCGCAAGACGACAAAGGAUCUUGACAGCGUAGAUAUCAUCCAUGAUUCAGAGCUGCUCUUCCACAAAGAUGAUUCAUGUACCGACCCUGUGGAAUAUACUCUUGUUGAUGAUGGUUGGAAGCUCCGGACAUGUUAUAGGCAUACUUCCUGGGACUAUUGGCGCAAGGGGCACACUGUUGAUAUUGAUGACAUCUUGGCUGACAAUACUGAUCACUCUAUGUUGCUCCCACAACUGUGGGAUGCUAAAGCUGGGAAAUCAACAUUGAGAAAUCUGUAUUCGGCUUACCCAACCCUGGGCAUUGACGGUGGCAACAUUGUUUACCUGAUGUCUAAGGUUGUUUAUAAUGAUGAGAAUGCAUGGAUGAUUGGUGUUGACCUUGAAAAGAAGGCAGUGGAAGUACUCGUACCAGUCUCUUCUGAGAGAGUCUGUUUAUUCAAGCCAGACUUCCUCCCCUGUACAUUCUCCAAAUAUCUUGAUGCAACUCCAAGGUCAUGUGCAGAGGAAGUCAUCCCUACUGCAAAUGUGGUUCAGAAAUCUCUACUUAAUGAUCAUGUUUCAUCAGGCAAUUUUUCUCUAAAUAAGCUGGAUACACGGCAGUGCUAUGGGGGUUCGACUGAAUAUGCUGGUCCAUACGCAGGCUACCGCAACUAUCAGCAGCAUUUAACCGCAGGUACCCAACCGCUGUUGCAAGUGCUGAAUACUGACCCGUUUGGCCAACUAUGGCUGUCCUUGCGGCUGGAUGACCACCUGCUAUCACAGCUAACAGGUCGUGGUCCGGCGCCUCCGCCAUUCACUCCAUUCCCCACUGAGGAGUACAUAUCUGAUGAAAACCAUAUUUUGGUCUUCAAGAAGUUGGUAAAGUCAAAACUCAUUUGUUUAUUUUUUCUAUGCUAUUCCGGAAUGCACAUAUUGACUGGCUCCUAUGCGGAUGUGCUUUUUGCACUUACAGAUGGUAUAUCUUCUCUUUGUGCAGUAACUAUGGAAUGCCAGAGCGGAGUGAGCAAGGCUCCACCUUUGGCUAUUUGUGACGCCCAGUCUGAUGCAGAAUCUGCCGUCCACACUAGACCAAGUGCCGAAAUUGUAUUUACCACACCACAAAAAUUGUAUAGUGCACCUUUCUGUGUUGACAUUCAUCCUCCAAAUGAUAUUCGAUUGAGGGGUAGGAUCAAAAGACUUAAAGGAUACAUGGAUAAGGGUGGAAAGCAAAGCAAGAAAGAUAAGAAUGCGAACAAGAAUGAUAGCCGCACUUGUCCUAAAAAAGUGCAAAUUGUUGUUAAGUUCGUUUUCAUAUAUAAGUAUAAAAAGUUCAACUCUUAUGUUUCAGGUUUGCUGGUGGCAGUAAAGACUUAUGAAGGUUUCAUAAACAAGGACUUCUGCAGGAUGUUUGGAGUCGUAGUGGUGCACUGUGCAAACCAUCUCUUACUAAGCUCCCUAUCAAAGGCUGUGGAAUCGCUUCCUCGCGACGAUUUUGACUGGGUCAUCCGCCCAGUCGGGCCAUAG